AAUGAUUCUUUGCCUCUUGUUGAUGGUAAAGUUAACGUUCUAUUUUGUAUCCGUUUCUCUUCGUAUAAAGAUUAUACCAGCGGAUAGAUCGGGCAAGGAUAUCGACAUUAUAUAUUCCAGAUUGCGUAAAAAUACUGCAUUUUCUCAUUUUCCUUCGAAACUUCUACAUCAAAUAAGCUCUUACGGUUAUUUUGAAGAAUUGGAAGAAAAUAUUAUAUUGUUUCGUCAAGGUGAUAUAGGGACAAACUGGUAUGCUAUUCUAUCUGGGACAGUAGUUGUAAAAGAAAACCAGGACAAUGGUAAUAAGAGCCCAGAAGGCGUCACGAUCGGUAGUCUUGGCAGCGGUACCUCAUUUGGCGAUAGUAUACUCGAAGAUUCACCUCGUAAUGCUACUGUGUUAACUGCAGAGAAAUGUCAACUUCUUCGAAUAGAGCAAAAAGAUUUUCAGGUUUUAUGGCAAAACUGUAAGCAUAUGAUGCAGGAAACCCUUCUUACACCGAAUAUUGCCAAACAAAAAGUCGAUAAUAGAUUAAUUAAAUCACAUAGUAAGGACAUUGAAGAAACGGAAACUAAUCCAGCUUUACCUAUAUGUGCUCAACCGUCAGAAAAAGUGUCUAGAAUAGCUGAAGUGAUAAGAACCUUCUUGCUUAGUCGGGCUCCACAUAUGAUCAGAGAUAGAAAAGUCUACUUAAGAACGUACAGGAAAUGUAUGGUUGGAUCCGAAUUGGUUAAUUGGUUAAUGACUUUUUCGUCCUAUGUGCAUAAUAGAGUUCAAGCUGUAGGAAUGAUGCAAUCUUUAUUGGAAGAGGGUGCUCUUGUUCAUGUUUGUCAGGAAUAUUGUUUUAAAGAUGCUGAAUUGUUUUAUCGUUUUACACAAGAUCAAGAAGGAACUGGAACCAUUCCGUCCAAUCAGGAGAGGCGUAUCGCGGAGGAAUCUCUGCAGGAAACUCUCGCUAUGUUAGUUCAAAUGGGCCCAGACGCUUACUUGAGAAUGGUAUUAAGAAAACCUCCUAGUGACAGGAGCGCAGACGAUUUAGAGUUAAUCUACGAGGAAUUAAUGCAUAUAAAAGCUUUGUCUCAUUUAUCAACAAUGGUCAAGAAGGAAUUGGCGUCGGUUCUCAUGUUCGAAGCUCAUUUUCACGCACAGACGACACUAUUUAAUCAGGGAGACGAAGGCAAAUCGUGGUACAUUAUUUUAAAGGGCAAGGUAAAUGUAAAAAUAUAUGGCAAAGGGAUCGUAUCGACCCUGGGAGAAGGAGAUGAUUUUGGCAAGCUAGCACUAGUUAAUGAUGCUCCACGUGCUGCAACAAUCGUUCUCGAUCAAGAUAAUUGUCAUUUCCUUCGCGUUGACAAACACAAUUUUAAUAGAAUACUCAGGGACGUUGAAGCAAAUACUGUUCGUUUAAAAGAACACGGAAGCGAUGUUCUAAUACUAGAAAAGAUACCAUCGAACAUAAAAUCGAAAGAUGGUAGCUUAUCCUCUCAUUACAAGUAUUCGGUGAUGGCAGGAACACCUAGCAAAAUCCUUGAAUUUCUCCUCGACACUCAAUUUUCUCAGGGAGCAGACGACAGGAUAUUCAUCGAAGAUUUCCUUCUCACGCACAUCAUUUUCAUGCCCAGUAAUCAACUUUGCCCUUCUUUAAUGGUGCAUUAUCACGCUUCUCACACACCUGAUCAUCUCGAUUCCAAAAUGGCUUUAAGUAGUAAAAAAAGAGUUUUAGCUUUUGUCCGAUUUUGGUCUGAUAUGGUUGGGCGAGCAUUUUAUCAGAGUAGAACAGUAAUUGGAUUUUUAAGAGAAUUAAGGGAAACGGUUAAGAAAGAUUUACGACCUUUUAAGGAAUUACAAGAGGACUUGGUAAUCUUGGAGAAAAUAAUAGGCCUAGCUGAUAAAAAGCAGGAUUUGAAGAACAGAGGGACAAAGAAGAUAAGCGAUGCUGAGACACAUAUCUCGCUAAAAUCUUUGGGCCGCAAUGAAGAAGAGGAAGUAAUGAGAGAACCCAUAGACGGUCAAGACGAAAAAUUAUUCAAAGUUUAUUGCGCUGACCAUACAUAUACAACUCUAAAACUACCUUUGAUAGCUCCAGUAUCAAAAAUCUUAAAAAUAGCUACUCAAAAAUUGAGUUUAGGAACUGACUUGGUUCUAUGCGAGGUCAAAUCAUCGGGAGAACGCGUGGUAUUUCAUGAUAACGAUGUUGGCGUGUUAACGUCAUUAAGCAUCAAUGGAAGGUUAUUUGUCGCCCCAAAAGAGCACAUCGACGCCCUGACACCACUACCGGAACAAGAGGGACCAACUGUAAGCACAAGUAGCCUAUUUGAGCAAAGUGGUUCUCGGGAAGUGGCUUUCUGGUUAACUAAACACGACUGGCAAUUAUUUACAUGCAUACAUGAGUACGAACUAAUCUAUAAAGUAUUCGGGCGAGAAAACUUUGGAAAGAUCACGUCAAAUUUAGAUGUAUUCCUAAGGCGUUUCAAUGAAGUGCAACAUUGGGUCGUCACUGAGAUGUGCUUAACACCCACAGUUAGCAAGAGGGUACAAUUACUUAGAAAAUUUAUAAAGAUAGCUAAUGUAUGCAAAGAAUAUCAAAACAUGAACAGCUUUUUUGCCAUCAUUAUGGGAUUAAGCAACUUUGCUGUAUCGAGACUUUCACAAACCUGGGAGAAACUCGGAAGUAAAGCAAAGAAGACUUUCAGUGAAAUGGAAACAGUUAUGGAACCAUCAAGAAAUCAUCGUGCAUAUAGAUUAGCCGUUUCGAAAAUGAAAGCACCUAUCAUACCAUUUAUGCCUUUGCUAAUGAAAGAUAUGACAUUUGUUCAUGAAGGCAAUAAAACUAAUUAUGAAGGUUUAAUAAAUUUUGAUAAAAUGCAUAUGCUUGCUCAAACUCUACGUACUGUACGAAAUUGUCGAAGUUCUCCAUUGAAUAUAGAGCCACCAUCUCCUGUAAAGCACUCAGCUGAUAUCCGCCAAUAUGUUGCCAAUCUUCGCGUAAUAGACAAUCCAAGAAUCCUAACUCAAUUAUCUCAUAAAUUGGAAUCAAGACGCUAG